CACAUCAACAGCCUAAAAAUAAGUCACUCUGGGGCUUGCUUCUGUCGUCUUCCUCCAGCGGAGCAGAUCUCUGUUGUCUGAACGAUAUUGGUCCCACCCAGAGAAGUGUUGUUUGGCAUUCUGAGUCAGGGGUGUGUGUGUUUGUGAAGUGCAACUGGAUAGAAGCAAUGACAGUUGCAUUUUGUGGAAACGACAACCCUUCAGCCUAUAACAUCAGUGCUGGCUUCUUAAGGAAUGUCUGCUUUCUGGAUGCCAUCAACCUGGUACCUCAUGUUUUCCUCUUAUUUAUCACCUUUCCUAUAUUGUUCAUUGGAUGGGGAACUCAAAGCUCCAAAGUCCAGAUCCAUCACAACACAUGGCUUCACUUCCCUGGACACAACCUGCGAUGGAUCCUGACGUUCACCCUCCUGUUUGUGCACGUGUGUGAAAUAGGAGAAGGCAUUGUUUCAGAUGCACGGUUGCAGUCUCGUCAUCUCCAUCUCUUCCUUCCUGCUAUAAUGGGAUUUGUGGCAGCUACAACAUCUAUAGUAUAUUACCACAAUAUUGAGACAUCAAAUUUUCCAAAGCUACUUCUGGCCCUCUUUCUGUACUGGGUCAUGGCCUUUGUCACCAAAACGAUCAAGCUGGUCAGAUAUAUCCAAGAUGAGAUCAGUUUUCGUCAGCUGCGUUUCUGUAUCACUGGAAUGAUGGUUGUGCUGUAUGGGUUAUUAAUGGCAGUGGAGAUCAACGUCAUACGUGUCAGGAGAUACGUAUUUUUCACAAACCCUCAGAAAGUAAAGCCUCCUGAAGAUCUUCAGGACCUGGGUGUGAGGUUUCUUCAGCCCUUUGUCAACUUGCUCUCCAAGGCAACCUAUUGGUGGAUGAACACGCUCAUCAUUUCAGCUCACAGGAAGCCGAUCGACCUGAAGGUGAUUGGAAAACUGCCGAUAGCCAUGCGAGCCCUUACAAACUAUGUCUGCUUGAAAGAUGCCUAUGAGGAGCAAAAGAAAAAAGUGGCUGACAAGCCAAACCGCAUCCCCUCCAUCUGGCUCGCCAUCUUUCGGGCCUUUGGGCGGCCAAUCCUUCUCAGCAGCACAUUCCGUUACUUAGCUGACCUGUUGGGAUUUGCUGGACCACUCUGCAUUUCUGGCAUCAUUCAGAGUUUCUCCAACCAGAACCAAAGCACUAAUACCACAGACAACGGUACUGUAAUCAACGUGACUUUAAUCAACGCUACCGUAAUCAACGCUACCGUAAUCAACGCUCCCAUAACACCAGAAUAUUCUACAGAUCCAUUCCUCACCUCAACUGAUUUCCUCAAAAACUGCUAUGUCCUGGCAGUCCUCCUCUUCCUGGCCCUCAUCCUGCAAAGAACAUUUCUACAGGCCUCCUACUAUGUUACCAUAGAAACAGGCAUCAACCUACGAGGAGCUUUGCUGGCAAUGAUAUAUAAUAAGAUCCUGAGACUUUCCACAUCCAACUUGUCAAUGGGAGAGAUGACCCUGGGACAGAUCAAUAACUUGGUUGCCAUUGAAACAAAUCAACUCAUGUGGUUCUUGUUCCUGUGUCCCAACCUAUGGGCUAUGCCUGUUCAGAUCAUCAUGGGUGUGAUCCUGCUCUACAACUUACUUGGAUGGAGUGCCUUGGUUGGUGCUGCUGUCAUUGUACUGCUGGCUCCAAUACAAUAUUUCAUAGCGACAAAGUUGGCUGAAGCUCAGAAGAGCACACUUGAUUAUUCUACAGAGAGGCUGAAGAAAACCAAUGAAAUACUGAAAGGAAUCAAACUCUUAAAACUGUAUGCUUGGGAGCACAUAUUCUGUAGAAGCGUGGAAGAAACAAGGAUGAAAGAACUUACGAGCCUCAAAACUUUUGCUCUUUACACAUCUCUCUCCAUUUUUAUGAAUGCAGCUAUACCAAUUGCAGCUGUUCUUGCGACUUUUGUGACCUACACCUAUGUUAAAGAGGAACCACCAUCCACAGCCCAGGCCUUUGCAUCCCUGUCCCUGUUCCACAUUCUGGUCACUCCACUCUUCCUGCUCUCCACUGUCGUUCGAUUUGCUGUCAAGGCCAUCAUAAGUGUGCAAAAACUGAAUGAAUUUCUCAUAAGCGAUGAGAUUGGAGACGAUAGCUGGAGAAAUGGAGAUAGCGCCUUAACAUAUGAGUCUUGUAAGAAGCACACAGGACUUCACUCCAAAGCCAUCAAUCGGAAGCAGCCCUUGAGAUACCAGCUGGACAGCUAUGAGCAUUCACUAAGGCUACCAACCCAUCCUGCAGACAUCAAUGACUGUGCUAUCAAGGUAACCAACGGAUACUUCUCAUGGGGAAGUGGUUUAGCCACAUUAUCCAAUAUUGACAUCAGAAUUCCAACAGGCCAAAUGACAAUGAUUGUAGGUCAGGUUGGCUGUGGAAAAUCUUCCCUCCUUCUUGCUAUUCUUGGUGAGAUGCAAAGUUUGGAAGGCAAAGUUCAUUGGAACCGUGUAAAUGAAACUGAGUCUUCUUUUGAAGCAAAUUGGAGGAACCGAUACUCUGUGGCUUAUGCAGCCCAAAAGCCCUGGCUCCUCAAUGCUACAGUGGAGGAAAACAUUACCUUUGGCAGCCCAUUUAAUAAGCAGAGAUACAGAGCUGUGACUGAUGCCUGCUCUCUGCAGCCUGACAUUGAUCUAUUGCCAUUUGGAGAUCAGACAGAGAUCGGAGAAAGGGGAAUUAACUUAAGUGGAGGUCAGCGGCAACGAAUCUGUGUUGCUCGAGCGCUGUACCAAAACACCAACAUUGUCUUCCUGGAUGACCCAUUUUCUGCCUUGGACAUUCACCUGAGUGAUCACCUGAUGCAAGAAGGUAUCCUGAAGUUCCUUAGGGAUGACAAAAGGACCCUCGUAUUAGUGACUCAUAAGUUGCAGUACCUGCCACAUGCAGAUUGGAUCAUUGCCAUGAAGGAUGGAACUGUGCUUAGAGAAGGGACGCUGAAGGACAUCCAAACUAAAGAUGUUGAGCUCUUUGAACACUGGAAAACACUGAUGAAUCGGCAGGACCAGGAAUUAGAAAAGGAUAUGGAAGCUGACCAAACUACUCUGGAAAGGAAGACUCUCCGAAGAGCUAUGUACCCAAGAGAAUCUAAAGCACAGCUGGAAGAUGAGGAUGAAGCAGAGGAAGAAGAGGAAGAAGAAGAAGAUGAUGACAUGUUGACGGUAAUGCGACUGAGAACAAAGAUGCCGUGGAAGACCUGCUGGCUGUAUCUCACCUCAGGAGGGUUUCUCUUACUCUUCCUGAUGAUCUUCUCUAAACUCGUGAAGCACUCGGUCAUUGUUGCAAUUGAUUAUUGGCUGGCACAGUGGACAUCGAUGGCCAACAACAAGCAGGCCUUGUGUUCCACAGAACAGCCUGCCAGUAAGACUUGCUAUGUUGUCGUAUUCAGCAUCCUUAGCGGUGCAGGAAUUGUCCUUUGCCUGGUCACUUCUCUGACCGUGGAAUGGAUGGGCCUAACAGCAGCUAAGAACCUUCACCAUGACCUCCUUAACAAGAUCAUCCUUGGACCAAUCAGAUUCUUUGACACAACACCUCUGGGGCUGAUUCUCAACCGCUUUUCUGCUGAUACAAAUAUUAUUGAUCAGCACAUUCCAUCCACUCUGGAGUCCCUCUCUCGGUCUACCUUGCUCUGUCUAUCUGCCAUUGGGAUGAUUUCAUAUGCCACUCCGCAGUUCGUAGUUGCUCUUGUGCCUCUGGGGAUAGCCUUCUAUUUCAUCCAGAAAUACUUCAGAGUUGCAUCCAAGGAUCUUCAGGAACUUGAUGACAGCACUCAACUACCUCUCCUCUGCCACUUUUCAGAGACAGCAGAAGGCCUCACCACCAUUAGAGCUUUCAGACACGAACCCAGAUUUAAACAGCAUAUGCUGGAACUGACGGACACAAACAACAUUGCAUACUUGUUUCUGUCAGCCGCCAACAGAUGGCUGGAGGUCAGGACGGAUUACUUGGGCGCUUUCAUUGUCCUUACUGCGGCCAUGGCUGCCAUUUCUGUAGGGUCCACUUCUGGCCUCGUGGGUUUGGGCCUCCUCUAUGCACUGACAAUCACCAAUUAUUUGAACUGGGUGGUGAGAAAUCUGGCAGACCUAGAAGUGCAAAUGGGUGCAGUGAAGAAAGUGAACAGUUUUCUCAACAUGGAGUCAGAGAACUAUGAUGCCACCAUGGAUAUUUCUCAAGUUCCCAAAGACUGGCCACAAGAAGGGGAAAUCAAGAUUGAAAAUCUGUGCGUCCGAUAUGAAAACAACCUGAAGCCAGUUCUCAAGCAUGUCAAAACUUACAUCAAACCAGGCCAGAAGGUUGGCAUCUGUGGUCGCACUGGCAGUGGAAAAUCAUCGCUGUCCUUGGCAUUCUUCAGAAUGGUAGACAUAUUUGAUGGAAGGAUUGUUAUUGAUGGGAUUGACAUUUCAAAGCUGCCACUUGACAUGUUGCGCUCCAGGCUAUCCAUAAUCCUCCAGGACCCCAUAUUGUUCAGUGGUUCCAUUCGCUUUAAUCUGGAUCCAGAGUGCAAAUGUACAGAUGAAACACUUUGGGAAGCUCUGGAGAUUGCCCAGUUGAAGAACAUGGUCAAGGCAUUGCCAGGUGGUCUAGAUGCUAUGGUCACUGAAGGAGGAGAGAACUUUAGCGUAGGCCAGCGACAGCUCUUCUGCUUGGCCAGAGCAUUUGUACGGAAGAGCAGCAUCCUCAUCAUGGAUGAAGCCACGGCAUCCAUCGAUAUGGCCACAGAAAACAUUUUGCAGAAGGUUGUGAUGACCGCCUUUGCAGAUCGCACAGUGGUAAUAAUAGCUCACCGGGUCCACACCAUCCUGACGGCAGACCUGGUGAUUGUGAUGAAACGAGGGGUCAUUUUGGAAUAUGACACACCUGAGAAUCUCCUGGCGCAGGAAGACAGCAUCUUUGCAUCUUUUGUUCGGGCUGACAUGUGAACCGGCCUGCAAAAUUGCAUGCUAUUGGCUUUUUAUUGCCUGAUUUUUUCAACAAAUGAGGAAAAUAUACAUAUUUCUAUAUACUGUAGCAUCACCGCAGACUUUGCCAAGGAUUUUUGCAUCUGUAACUUUUAUAAAACUGAAGCCUAUUAUGUUUGCUGACUUUGGUGCAAUAAAUUCUUCUUCACAAAAUGGUAGACAGUCCUCCCA